AUGCAUAUUGCGCCAUUGCAGGACAUUGGACUGCAUGAGGAUGAUGUGCGCAUGGAGCGUUCCAACGUUCCUCUCCGCAUCCAAUACCUGCGGUGCCAUGUCUUUGGAAACCCAAACGCUCAGCCGCCCACGCCCAAACAGACCCCAACCUCCGCCGUUUUCCCGAGUCCCGUCUUCGAAACCCCAAAGCAACGACAAGGCCACUUCGACGACGCUGGCGGCUGGACUCCUCGUUUCGCAGAGGAAUACUCCGUCUUCAACACCACUCCCGGCAACUUGAGAGGCUCCCAAACCCCCUUUGCCGAGUUUUCCUCCGCAUCGACCUCAUAUCCCCCUUCGACCGGCCUGAAAAGACCCCUGUCUGCCGAGAGCCUCGCUGCUCAGAUAGCAUCCCAUGCUAAUCACCUCUCGCCCAACCCGAGCUUACCUCUGCCGCCGGUUGAUAUCUCUCAACGACUGAAUUCUUCCCACAAAACCUCGACCGAACAACAACACAAAAUUCCCAGCCAGAAAGACGGACCAGCCAGCCCGAGCCCGGCUUCACAAGGAGCGCCGAAGCAGGCGGGAGACAGAGAGGGAGCUGCGGAUCUGAACGGACAAACGGCCACUCCUCCGCCGUCUUCACACAAGGGUGGGCGGAAACUUGCGCCGAAGCUCCGGGCAGACAAUAUGCAAAAUGAUCAUGGCUACGGCCAGCCAGACUUUUCCGGGACCCCACAGCAGAAUAUGGCGGCGGCGUUUGUAACUGCCACCGACAUGUUCGGCUAUCCCAUGUCGGCGCCGGCAACGGCUCCCAACAGCUUCUGGGACCCCGGCGCCGACAUGUCGGCAAUGGACAUUGAUUUCUCUUUUGGUCCUAAUGUUUUCCAGCCAACCCACCGUCACAUGCCGUCGUUUGACGCUUCACAAAUGUUCCAGGAAACAACCCCCCUUCCGCCGGCAAAUAGUCAAGAAAAUACUCAGCCCGUCAAGCGAAGCCGGCCCCUGGCUCCCAAGCCCCCUGCGUCUAACGUCCAGUCCAGCUCAGCGGAUAUUUCCAUGGCUUCGUUCACGACGUCGGCCGAGGAUCCUUUUGGUAUUGUAAGCCCCGGCGCCGGUGUGGAUCCGGGCCUGCUUUUCAGCCGACCGUCAUCUUCGAAUAUGGAGACCAAUAUCCCCGUGACACAAGGGUCCGCACAAUAUGCUUUGGCAGCGGCUGCGGAAACUCAAUCAAGAGCACCAAUGCACGGCGGGGACAUACGCCGUUCCCUCAGUUCCAGGGAGUUGGCACCCAGUAGAAUGCCAGACCACAUGUUGGGAAGCUCGCCCUCCAAGUCCCAGGGACGCCCCAACGGUCUUCAACGAAGCAUUAGUGAGAACCGUGGCCGUCGUAAGGCGCUGCCGACGCUGGCUCCCGCCAUCCAGCCCAGACCUGUGGUCAAUAAUGGUCCGGCAGUAGGACCUAGUCGGCCUCUGAGUCGACCUUCAGGCAGAUUAUCACCUCUGAAGCAGCAGCACUCGCGGCUAUCAAGCCUGACGUCAAUCCCUGAAUCGAGCCCCCGUACCCGGACGUCCGUCAAGUUCACAAUUGACUCAAAAGGCAGAGCCCGAGCUGAGACCACCGUCGUUGUUGAUGAUGCCGGAUCCAAUGGCGCACAGAGGAAGCCCGUCACCAGGGAAAUGCCGCGCAGAGAAAAGAGCUGGGAUUCCGAGGACGAUGAUUCUUCAACAGAUGACGAGCCCAUCAUCAUUCCCAGCCGGAACACAUCCUUUGCUCUCCCUGAUCCUCGCAAGCCUACUUCGUCUUCCAUGUUCCAUUCGUCUCGCAGAAGCAUGAGCGAACACAGCUCAAGCAGUCAUGGUGCAUCAACUUCACAACACGACGCCGAGAGCGAAGCAGAGACAGUGAUGAAUGAUAACCACGGAAAAGGCGGCGACGCCGCAAGCGAACUGCGCAAGUUGAUUGAGAGCCGCCAGAAGCGAGGGCCCCAGGCUCUCAGCAGCCAGCGCUCCAGCCGGUUUGCCUCUGGCAGCUUUGUUGGGAACUUCCAAGGAGGUCUAAUGUCGCCCGGCGCCCUGACCGAGGCCAGCUUGCCUUCGCCCACAAAAGCCACCUACAGUGUGCGCUGCGUUUGCAGGAACAACGCUGACAGGCCAGGAGAGUACAUGGUUCAAUGCGAAUCCUGCGAGAUGUGGCUUCACGGCCCUUGCAUCAACAUUUCGCGGAGGACCCUUCCGAGUGUAUAUAUCUGUGCCUUCUGCUCCAACACCCCCAACAUGCGCGGUGGACGGCACCGCGGCAACGGUCCAGUGCUGGGCCCGUCAGGGGCGAGCCCGCUAAAGCACAAAUCAUUCCGGUAG